GAAGGGAAAACAGGUACACAGUACGGUCUGAUCGCCAUUUUUUCGCUCACGUUUAGUCACGUUUUAUAUUAGAUACAUCUGAGUCGGUGUGUAUUUCUAUUUUUCCUCUGUUUUAGGUGUAAAUUAUUCUGAAUCACGGCUGGGUUGGGAGUUGUCAGUGCAGACCGGACGUUGCUUUAACUCCAUACCGGAAUUAAAGUCCCGCUCCGGGCUCGGGCAGCAGGUUUGUUGUUAGCUGCUGUGAACGGAGCGGUUCUGGAUCGCUGACGAGAUUUCUCAGGGUUUAAUCGAGAGGCGUCUCGGGAAGAGCCCUUGCAGACAUGUCUGACUUCAUUGAAAGCGAGGCUGAGGAGUCUGAGGAGGAGUUUGAGGAGAAGGAUCUGAAACCCAAAAAGACUCAGAGAUUUAUGGAAGAUGAUGAAGAUGAAGAGGAAGAGGAGAACACUGAGGACCAAGAUGAACAUGGAAACCUGAAGGGCCUGAUUGAUGAUGGCAAUGAUGAUGAUGAUGAUGAAGAAGUGGAGGAUGAAGAGGAGGCAGAUGAAAACAGGAGUGAAGGUGAAGGUGGUGGCGGUGGCGGUGGUGAUGGAGGUGGAGACAGUGAUUCUGGAGAUGAGGUCCGACAUCGGCGCAGAAAGCGCGCUUAUGACGACGUUCUGGAUGAUGAUGAUCUGGAUCUUAUUGAAGAAAACUUGGGGGUCAAAGUUAAGAGGAGGAAAAAGAAGUACUCCAGAGUGAAAACCAUGGAUGAUGAAGGUGAAGAUGAUGAGAAAGAUCUAAUUGCUGAUGAGAUCUUCACUGGAGAUGGUGAUGGAGAGUUGGAGGAAGGAGAAGCUGUAGAAAGGCCUCACCCAGGGGAUGAUGAGGAAGAGGAAGAGGAGGAGGAAUCAGACAUAGAUGAUUUCAUUGUGGAUGAUGAUGGACAACCCCUCACGAAAAAGAAGGGAAAGAAAUUUACUGGAUACACUGAUGCCGCUUUACAAGAGGCUCAAGAGAUUUUCGGUGGAGACUUUGACUUUGCGGAGUUUGACACUGAGGCUUACGAUCGUGCUGAGGAGGAAGAGGAGGACCAGGAUGAUGAAGCAUGGGAUCGCCCGAAGAAGCAGACCAAGAGGAGAGUGGGCCGCCGCAGCAUCUUCGAGAUCUAUGAGCCCAGUGAGCUGGAGAGCAGCCACAUGACUGACCAGGAUAACGAAAUUCGCAGCACAGACAUGCCUGAGAGGUUCCAGUUGCGUGCCAUACCUGUGAAGCCUGCUGAGGAUGAUGAGCUGGAAGAAGAGGCAGAAUGGAUCUAUAGGAAUGCGUUCUCCACACCAACCAUUUCAAUGCAGGAGAGCACAGAUUACCUAGACCGUGGAACCACCACUAACUUCAGCAGAAGGGGCCCCAGCACCAUUGCAAAGAUCAAAGAGGCCCUCAACUUCAUGAGGAACCAGCACUUUGAGGUUCCAUUCAUUGCCUUCUACAGGAAGGAAUAUGUGGAGCCAGAGCUGAACAUUAAUGAUCUGUGGAAGGUCUGGCAGUGGGAUGAGAAGUGGACCCAGCUAAAAACUCGCAAGCAGAACUUGACUCGUCUUUUCCAGAAAAUGCAGUCCUAUCAGUUUGAACAGAUCUCUGCUGACCCUGAUAAGCCACUUGCAGAUGCUGUCCGCCCGCUGGACACCGCUGAUAUGGAAAGACUGAAAGACGUCCAGUCUAUGGAUGAGCUCAGUGAUGUCUACAACCACUUCCUGCUGUACUAUGGACGAGAUAUUCCCAGGAUGCAAAAUUCAGCCAAACCCACCAAAAAGAAGCUGAAAAAGAUCAAGGAAGUCUCUGAGGAAGAUGGUGAGGAAGCUGAAGUAGAAGAGGAAGAAGAAGAGGAGGAGGAGCAGAAGGGUCCAGAUCUGAAACAGGCUUCACGCAGAGAUAUGUACAGCAUCUGCCAGAGUGCUGGACUUGAUGGGCUGGCCAAGAAGUUUGGUCUCACUCCUGAACAGUUUGGUGAGAACUUGCGUGACAGUUACCAGAGACACGAGACCGAGCAGUUUCCUGCAGAGCCCUUAGAGCUGGCUAAGGACUAUGUUUGCAGCCAGUUCAGCACUCCAGAAGCUGUUCUGGAAGGCACCCGCUACAUGGUUGCCAUGCAGAUUGCCCGUGAACCUCUUGUCAGGCAUGUGCUGAGACAGACCUUCCAGGAAAGGGCCAAGAUCAACAUCAAACCCACUAAAAAGGGCAAGAAGGACAUUGAUGAAGCACACUAUGCCUAUUCCUUCAAGUACCUGAAGAACAAACCUGUGAAAGAACUGAAUGGAGAUCAGUUCUUGAAGAUCUGCAUGGCAGAGGAUGAAGGACUGCUUUCUAUAGACAUCUGUAUUGACCUGGUUGGAGUUAAAGGUUAUGGUGGUGAUCAGACAUACUUCGAUGAGAUCAAGCAGUUCUAUUACAGAGAUGAGUUCAGCCACCAGGUGCAGGAAUGGAACAAGCAGCGAAUGCUGGCUAUUGAGCGUGCCCUCCAGCAGUUUCUGUACCCUCAGAUGGCCAAAGAGCUCAAAAAUAAGCUUGUUGCCGAAGCCAAGGACAAUAUUGUCAAGUCAUGCUGCAGGAAACUGUAUAACUGGCUGAAGGUGGCUCCAUAUCGUCCAGACCAGCAGAUAGAAGAUGACGACGACCUGAUGGAUGAGUCUCAGGGCAAGGGCAUCCGAGUUCUGGGAGUAGCUUUUGCCUCUGGCAGAGACACCCCUGUGUUCUGUGCUCUCAUCAAUGGUGAAGGAGAGGUUGUGGACUUCCUUAGACUUCCUUAUUUCCUGAAAAGGAGGAAUGCAUGGAGGGAAGAAGAACGAGAAAAGAAGCUUCAAGACAUUGAGAACCUGAAAAAGUUUCUUCUCAGUAAGAAACCACAUGUAGUGGCUGUUGCAGGUGAAAAUCGGGACGCCCACAUGCUCAUAGAGGACAUCAAGCGUACAGUCGCUGAGCUUGAGCAAGAUUCAUCUCUUCCUGCAGUGGGAGUUGAACUAGUGGACAAUGAAUUGGCAACACUGUACAUGAACAGCAAAAAGUCUGAGACGGAUUUCAGGGAUUACCCUCCUCUGCUCCGGCAGGCUGUAUCAGUGGCCCGCAAAAUCCAGGACCCUCUGGUUGAGUUUGCCCAGGUGUGCAGCACUGAUGAGGAUAUCCUCUGCCUCAAACUCCACCCCCUACAGGAGCAUGUCGUGAAGGAGGAGCUGCUAGGAGCUCUCUACUGCGAGUUCAUUAACAGAGUGAAUGAGGUUGGCGUGGAUGUGAAUCGAGCCAUUGCUCAUCCUUACACCCAGAGUCUGGUCCAGUAUGUCUGUGGGUUGGGUCCAAGAAAAGGCUCACAUCUGCUAAAGAUCCUAAAACAGAACAACACUCGGCUGGAAAAUCGGACGCAGUUGGUCACCAUGUGCCACAUGGGACCCAAAGUGUUCAUCAACUGUGCAGGAUUCAUCAAGAUUGACACAGCCUCGCUUGGAGACAGCACUGACUCUUACAUAGAGGUUCUAGAUGGUUCUCGUGUGCAUCCUGAAACUUACGAGUGGGCACGUAAAAUGGCAGUGGAUGCCUUGGAAUAUGACGAGUCAGCUGAGGAUGCUAAUCCUGCUGGAGCUCUGGAGGAGAUCCUGGAGAAUCCAGAGAGACUGAAAGAUCUUGAUCUAGAUGCUUUUGCUGAGGAGCUGGAAAGACAGGGUUAUGGUAAUAAAGGGAUCACCUUGUAUGACAUUCGAGCGGAGCUCAGCUGUCGGUACAAAGAUCUCCGAGCCCCAUACAGACCCCCCAACACAGAGGAGGUGUUUAAUCUGCUUACUAAGGAGACCCCUGAGACUUUCUAUAUCGGCAAGCUGAUCACCAGUGUUGUAACUGGCAUAGCUCACAGAAGGCCACAGGGGGAGAGUUAUGACCAGGCUAUUCGCAAUGAUGAGACUGGGCUGUGGCAGUGUCCUUUCUGUCAGCAGGACAACUUCCCUGAGCUCAGUGAGGUCUGGAACCACUUUGACAGCGGCUCCUGUCCUGGUCAGGCAAUAGGUGUGAGAACUCGUCUGGACAAUGCUGUCAUGGGUUUCAUCCCCACCAAAUUUCUUUCAGACAAAGUGGUAAAGCACCCUGAAGAGAGGGUCAAGGUUGGCAUGACUGUACACUGUCGCAUCAUGAAGAUUGACAUCGAGAAGUUCAAUGUGGAUCUCACCUGUAGGUCGUCGGACUUGGCUGACAAAAACAACGAGUGGAAGCUUCCUAAGGACACCUACUACGACUUCGAUGCUGAGACUGACGAUGUCAAACAGGAGGAGGAACUGAAGAAAAAACAGCAAAGAACCACUUAUAUAAAGAGAGUCAUCGCUCACCCAUCCUUUCACAAUAUUAACUUCAAGCAAGCAGAGAAGAUGAUGGAGACGAUGGAUCAGGGAGAUGUUGUAAUCAGACCGAGCAGUAAGGGGGAGAACCACCUCACCGUCACCUGGAAGGUAGCGGAUGGGAUCUACCAGCAUGUGGACGUUCGGGAGGAAGGCAAGGAGAACGCCUUCAGCCUUGGGCACACGUUGUGGAUUAACACUGAGGAAUUUGAGGAUCUUGAUGAGAUCACAGCUCGUUAUGUGCAGCCUAUGGCAGCGUUUGCUCGUGAUUUGCUCAGCCACAAGUAUUUUCAGGAGUGCAAUGGUGGAGACAGAAAGAAAAUGGAGGAACUUCUUGUUAGGUGCAAGAAAGAGAAGCCGACAUUUAUCCCGUACUUCGUGUCUGCUUGCCGAGACCUGCCGGGAAAGUUCUUGCUGGGAUACCAGCCUAGAGGGAAGCCAAGGAUAGAAUAUGUAACCAUCACCCCAGAUGGCUUCAGGUACCGCUCUCAGAUAUUCCCGACAGUCAAUGGCCUCUUCCGUUGGUUCAAGGACCACUACCAAGAGCCUGUGCCAGGCAUCACGCCAAGCAGCAGUAGCAGAACGCGAACUCCAGCAUCUGUUAAUGCAACUCCAGCCAACAUUAACAUAGCAGAUUUAACCCGAGCAGUGAAUGCUCUACCCAGGAACAUGACAUCCCAGAUGUUUAAUGCCAUUGCUGCAGUGACAGGUCAAAGUCAGAAUCCCAACACUACUCCAGCUCAGUGGGCCUCCAGCCAGUAUGGAUAUAGUGGUGGCAGCAGUGCCGGAGGAGGCGGCAGCAGCAGCGCUUAUCACGUGUUUGCUACGCCACAACAGCCAAUGGCCACGCCCAUGAUGACACCAAGCUACUCGUACACCACCCCAGGCCAGCAGCAGGCCAUGACCACACCACAGUAUCCCAGCAGCACGCCACAGUCGUCCCACGGACACCACCAGCACGCUUCUUCCACACCGUCCUCUUCGUCAUCCAGGGUUCGGACGCCGCAGCCCAAAACAAGUUCCCACACAGCUGUGGAUUGGGGUAAGAUGGCUGAACAGUGGCUGCAGGAGAAAGAGGCAGAAAGAAGGAAGCAGAAGACCCCUCGAAUGACGCCCCGCCCAUCACCCAGCCCGAUGAUCGAGAGCACGCCCAUGUCCAUUCCUGGAGAUGCCACGCCACUGCUGGAUGAGAUGGACCGAUAGGAGUGAGCAGAAGAGCAGUUACGUCAUCAUCGCUUGCUUUAACCAUCUUUCAAACCCACCAAGAAAAUGGAAUAAAAAUGGCCGCUGCAUAAUUCCCCUCUCGUUAUUGCACACGCAUUUACUGCUCAAAGUAUUUAAUUUUGAGAUCAUGGGUCAUUGUGUGAUGUGCGACAGACUCUACACAAAUGAGCUGACGAAAAACGGAAAUGGACCUCUGGAGAAGUUUGUCCCAACGGAGUUCUCUUUAUUUUAUUUUAGUAUCUUUUUCUUUUGGUUUUAACAAAAAAAAAACUAGAAAUUAAGAUGAGACUCUGGGGGGUGGAAGCAAAUGCCUGAUGGUCUCUGUGCCGUUGCUGAUGGUGUUGAACUCUGUUAAACUUGUGUAAAAAUCUGUAUGUCUAUUGAAUGUGGAUUAUUACUGACAGGCCAUCUUGUUCAGUAAAUAGAGACUUGCUCACCUUUUUAGUAUUCAUCUGUCAUAAUAAAUAAAACUGAACUUCAGUAUGACUCAUAACACUGUAUUUUACAUAUCCUGUGUAAUAAUAUGUUCUGCAUUUCCUGCCACUUUCAGACAGCGUGCUCAAAAUGCACUUAGGAGACCCCCUAUGUAAAUCGACAAUGUUGUAGAAUGCUUUAUUCAUUAUACAAUCCACAUUUCAUAAAAAUAAGUAAUGGGUCUUUGGAUGACUUGAGUAAAACUAUCAAUUAUUAGGAAAUAAGAGUGUAAAUGGUUCUAUACCAGUAUUUUAUCUAACCUGCUGAAGCAAAUAAUGGCUGUAAAGAGCAUUUUUGAGGAAGCCCGUCAACAUCAGGAGCUCUUUAUGCUUUUGCAGGCUUUUUCGAAAGUUUUCAUUGAUCUCGUUUUGGGUUUCUGAUCUGAGUAAAGAAUUAAUUUAGUCUGUAAGUGGACUCCCCUCUGUUUCAUAUUAGGAUGAAUUUGCAUUGUUUUUUCUUUCCUAAUAUGUGACUUAAUUUUUUUGUCUUGCUUCAUCUAAGCUAGAUAUUUACCUUUUGGUUAAUAGCAAAUAUAUUGUUUGUGAUUGCACCUAAAUGUAUGUAUUCAUUUUCUUUAGGCAAGACACAAAGCACAUUGGUUUAAUUUUCACUACACUCCUGUAAUAACAGAAUGUGCCCUCCCUCCUUACACUGGGAUAAAAGCAAAAGCAGAAUCCAGAGUCCGGAUGUGACAAGUUCUUUUUAUACUGUGACCACCUGCAAAUCCUUGUGUUAAACGUGGUACUGUUGAUGCUUUAUUCACGUAUAGUGAAAAUGCCUUUUUUUAUAGUUUUGUUUUUAUCCUUAUUCCCCAAAGCUGCCAAGUAGCGUAGUCAUUCCCUCACACUGUGUUGUUGAAUUCUGGGAAUUGUAUACUUGCCCAGUCAUGUGUUUUUUUGUACUGGGGGUCAUAUUGAGUGGCUGUUGUGUGACCUUGAUGGCAGGAUAUAAAUGCAAAAGAAUGUGAUUGCUGUUCAGUGUAAUUCACUGCUAAGAUUGCUUUCAUUUCUUUCCUUUGAUAAAAUUGUCAAAAGCUCA